GGUAUCUGCACCACCUUCUCCAUGAUUAACUCACACAUACAACCAUGAAGAAAUCAGGGGCACGGCCUGCCGGCAAGCGGGGUGGGCUUGGAACCAAGCCGGCAAAGAAGGCGAAAAAGAGCCAAGCCGAUGACGAUGGCGAUGCUUUCUUUUUAGCUGAUGAAGAUGACCGGAAGCGCGAGGAGGAGGAGGACGAGGACGAGGAGGAGCAGGAGACGGCGGACCAGCUGCGGCUUCGUCUAGCGCGGGAGUACCUUUCAAAGCUGCAAAACGAGGAGGAUGAGCGGGACGACCGGCGCGGCGUGACGGGGGGCAGCGACGAGGAGGAGGGCGACGAGGAGGGGGACGAGGAGGACGAGGACGAGGGGGCGCGCACGCUGGACGCUGCAGCGCGGUCCCAGCGACUGGCGGACCGGCUCCAACAUGACGUAGCACAGGCGGCGGGGCGGUUGCAGCGGAAGCUGGCACACCGCGUGCGAGUGCUGGCCCCAGGAGAGGACGGCUACUGCGAGCCCAGCUGCAGCCGCGCGCACCGGCUAGCGGCUACAGCCGUGUGCCUCACCUCCGACGACGCCACGGCCUUCACCGUCUCGAAGGACGGCGGCAUCUGCCGCUGGGACGUGGAGACCGGCAAGCGGACACACCUGUACAGGCCGGGCGACGGACCCAACGGCACCGGCGGCGCCAGCACCAGCGCGCCGUCGGGCGCGACCAGCGGCGGCGCGGACUGGGACGCGGUCACGGGGCUGGUGUUCCGUGACGGCACGCACACGCUCAUGAGCUGCUCGUCCGACCGCACGGUCAAGCUAUGGAGCCUGGACGACCGGGCGUACAUGGACACGCUGUACGGGCACCAGGCGGAGGUUCUGUCCAUAGAUAGCCUGCGUGCAGAACGCGUGCUCACGGGUGCGCACGACCACACGUGCCGCAUGUGGAAGAUUCCGGAGGAGAGCCAGCUCAUAUUCAGGGCGCACGACCGGGUGCUGGACUGCGUGCGCUUCGUGACGGGGUCGGAAUGGGUGUCGGGCGGCUGCGACGGCGGACUGCACCUGUGGAGCAACCUCAAGAAGAAGCCCGUCUUCGUGGCGCGCGGCGCGCACGGCCCCACCUCGGCCGCCUCUUACAGCGUGCCCGCGGCGGGCGUGGCGACGGGGCUGGGCGGCGGCGAGGACGGCGCGGGCAUGGGGCCGGAGCACGGCUGGAUCAACUCGGUGGCGGUGUGCCGCAACUCGGACCUGGUGGCGAGCGGCGCGGGCGACGGCGCCAUCCGGCUCUGGUCGGUGACGCCCAGCAAGAGCGGCGGCGCGGGUGGGCUGGGCUGCAUCGGCGCGCUGCCGCAGCGCGGCUUCGUGAACGGGCUGGCCAUUGCACGCAGCGCCCGCUUCCUGGUGGCGGCUGUGGGACAGGAGCCGCGCAUGGGCCGUUGGGCGCGCGACCCGCGUGCGCGCAACGGCCUUGCGAUACACCGGCUGGGUGGCAUGGAGCAGUGAGGCCGGAGCGUGGUUUCUGGCGUGUCGCAUGACGUUGGACGGGUGGUGUUGGACGGGUGGAGCUGCGCCUGUGCUCGUGAUGGAACAUGGCAAGGGGCAGGAAAGCGUAGUCCCGAUGUGUGUGGCUCCCACCCGUGCCCACAUAAAUGCGUAGCAAGAAGGGACAAGGCAUUGGUGCGUCGUUCGCGCGCUGUUACUGUACCGACGGUAGCUGGCAGGUUGUGUCGAUGUUUUGCUGACGCGCAUUCCUCACGCUCCGGGCGCCCGGCCAAGGCGAUAGCACCACACAGACUCAAUGCGACGCCACACCGCGCGGAUAGCAUAGCUGCGCCUGUGCGUGUUAGGAUGUGAGGUGGAUGUGGGUGUAGGUGGCAUAGUGGCGCCACGAGGGGAUGAAUCUGCAAGUAUGGAGUGCUGGGGACCGGCGGUGCUCCGGGGAUGUUGACGUCGUAAGGGGGUACCUCCUUCGACACUGCUGCUGUUGCGUGCACCAGGUCAUUAUUGAUGUCGGCUUCGGUGUGGGCGGAACGCGCUCCCCUGCAAACAGCAGGAGAAAUGCCCAUGUCUUGCAAUGAGCUCUGAGCG